GAUGACCUAAUGGAAUUGAAUUGGGGAACCAUCCUGUUGUGGGCUCUAGUGUUGGACUGUGGCUUGGCUGCAGGCAGUAUCCUGUACAGGGUCCAAGAGGAGCAACCCCCAAACACCCUCAUAGGUAGCCUGGCAGCAGACCAGGGUCUGCCAGACUCGGGUCACCUUUAUAAAUUGGAGGUGGGGGCCCCGUACCUUCGUGUUGAUGGAAAAACGGGAGAUAUCUUCACCACAGAGAUCCCCAUAGACAGAGAGACCCUGAGGGACUGUCGGACCCAGACUAAAGGGAAGCCCUGCUACCUCGAAUUCGAAGUGUCGGUGACGGACCUGAUCCAAAACCAGAGCCCACGGCUCGUUGAGGGUCGGAUUGAGGUACAGGACAUCAAUGACAACACACCCCAAUUCCCCUCUUCCGUACUCACUAUCUCCGUCCCUGAGAACACACAUAUGGGGGCGCUCUUCUCCAUACCCCUAGCUACAGACCGGGACUCGGAGAGGAAUGGUGUGGCUGACUAUGCCCUGACAGCAGGGCCAGAUGCAGCAACUCUCUUUGGCCUGCAGGUAGCUGAGGACAGGGGUGAGAAGCUUCCCCAGCUCAUCGUCCUGGGCAGCCUAGACCGUGAGUUAAAAGAUUCCUAUGACCUGACCAUCAAGGCAGUGGAUGGAGGAAACCCACAGCGCCAAAGCAGCGCUUUGCUGAGAGUGGUGGUCACCGAUGCCAAUGACAAUGCUCCCAAGUUUGAGAGGUCUACUUAUGAGGCAGAAGUGUCAGAGAACAGCCCUGUUGGGCACUCUGUGCUGCAGGUGAAAGCAAAUGACUCUGACAUGGGCCCUAAUGGAGAAAUUGAGUACACUCUUCAUCAAGCAUUAGACCCAGUGCCAAAACUUCUCCGAAUCGAUCGGUCCACUGGAAUUAUCUAUGUCAAAGGAUCACUGGAUAGGGAGGAAAUCAGCAGCUUGUCUUUCUACGUGGUCGCAAGGGAUAAAGGUCCACAGCCUAAAAGUUCCAAGACCUUUGUAACUAUUGAGGUAACUGAUCAAAAUGACAAUGCUCCAGCUGUGGAAAUACGUGGCAUCGGUCUUGUGACUCACAGUGAAGGGGUGGCGAACAUAUCAGAGGACAUGCCAGUGGGAACAGCCGUAGCCUUGGUGCAAGUGUCUGAUAGGGAUGAAGGCGAGAAUGCUGUGGUCACCUGUGUGGUAGCAGGUGAUGUGCCCUUCCAGUUGCGCCCUGCCAGUGACUCUUCCAGUGACAACAAGCGCAAGUAUUUCCUGCAGACCACCACCCCUCUUGAUUACGAAAGAAUAAGGGAUUAUCGUGUGGCAAUUGUUGCUGUAGAUUCUGGCAACCCAGCCCUCUCUAGUACAAACUCUUUAAAGGUGCAGGUGACUGAUGUGAAUGAUAACUCUCCAAUAUUCUCACCAACCCUGUUUAAGGUAGAUUUUGCUGAGGAGAACCAACCGGGGGAGAAGGUUGUGGAUUUGACGGCUUCGGAUGCUGACAGUGGCACCAAUGCAGAACUCCUCUAUAGCAUUGUUUCAGACUCAUCCAUCAAGGGCCUUUUUGAAAUUGACCCAAAUUCAGGAGAAAUAAGAGCCCGAAGCCCUCUUGAUCGAGAACAUAAAGAACACUAUGAGUUCCAGGUAACUGCAGCUGACAAAGGGUCCCCCAGCCAUAAAGGAACAGCAACCGUCAUGAUUAAAGUUCUUGACCGAAAUGACAAUGACCCCAAGUUUAUGUUGAGUGGCUAUAGCUUCUCCGUCUUGGAGAACAUGCCUCCUCUCAGUCCUGUUGGCAUGGUUACAGUUUUAGAUGUGGACAAGGGUGAAAAUGCGCGUGUUCACCUCUCAGUUGAGCCUGAUGGGGGGAAGUUUGUGGUGCAAAAUGGCACAGGCACUAUUCUCUCCAGCAUAUCUUUUGACAGAGAGAAGGAGAGCAGUUACACCUUCCGUUUGAAAGCAGUGGAUGGAGGGGAGCCUCCCAGAUCUUCAUAUGUUGGUGUUACUAUCAACGUGCUUGAUGAAAAUGACAAUGACCCCGUGGUCACCAAGCCAUCCAAUUCCUCUUUCAGGCAUUUGUCCCCCCUUGCUUCCCCAGAUAGCCAUGUGGAAGUAGUGGAGGCCGAAGACCUGGACAGUGGGCCUAAUGCAGAGCUGGCCUUCAGUAUCACUGGUGGAAACCCUUACCAGUUAUUCCACAUCUCCCCCUCCGAUGGAGAGAUCACUCUGGCUAAAGAAUUGACCAGAAAACACGGUGGGCUACAUCGCUUGGUGGUCCGGGUGAGUGACAGGGGCAAGCCUGCACGUCACACCACUGCUCUGGUUCACAUCUACAUCAAUGAAACCAUUUCAAAUGUGAGCUUGGUUGAGGCACUAGUAGGACACAGUCUCUACACACCGUUGGACAGAGACAUUGCUGGUGACCCCGACAGUGGUUUCGCUGCUCAGCGCAGUAACAUUCUGUAUGGCAGCCUUGCUGGUGUGGCCGGCGUUGUGAUGUUAAUCUUGGUGGUUGUAUUUAUUAGACAUCGCAUCCACAGAGAGACAAAGAGUGGUUACCAGGCCGGUAAGAAAGAGUCAAAGGACCUAUAUGCCCCAAAACAGGCACCAAAGAAUGGGAAAAGUAAACAAGGGAGGAAAGGAAAGCCCCCAAAGUCCCCCAAAACUCUUGGCGAAGAGGAAGAAGUCAGCCUUCAAAAGAGUCUUAAGUUCAACCUUGAUGGAGUUAGUGAUAGUCCCAGGAUCCACCUGCCCCUAACAUAUUCUCCUGGAAGCCCUGAUAUAGGCAGGCACUAUCGCUCCAAUUCCCCCUUACCUUCCAUCCAGCUGCAGGCCCAGUCACCCUCAGCCUCUCAGAAGCAUCAGGCUGUCCAGGACCUUCCAGCCACCAACACCUUUGUAGGAACAGGAGGAGACGAUAAUUCUACUGGCUCUGACCAGUACUCAGAUUACAGCUACAAGACUGGCCAACCAAAGUACACCAACAAACAGCAUCCUCAUCGCCGAGUCACUUUCUCCACAACCAACCCAGUGCAGGACCUGCAGGACGCCUCUCAGCACAGCUAUUAUGACAGUGGCUUGGAGGAGUCUGAGACGCCCAGUAGCAAGUCAUCAUCUGGGCCUCGUAUCGGACCCCUGACCCUGCCCGAGGACCACUAUGAGAGAACCACUCCAGAUGGCAGCAUCGGAGAGACCGAGCACCCUGAAAAUGAUAUUCGUUCCCUCCCUGACGUGGCAAUGACCGGAAACUGUACACCAGAGUGCAGUGAACUGGGCCACUCAGAUGCCUGCUGGAUGCCCGGGCAUCCUUCGCCUGUACGCAAGGCCAGGAACCCCCCGAAACUCUCUACCUUCGUGCCUUACCAGGAGAGAGGAAGCCUGGGCCGUCUGGCAAACGGAAGCGCCAGGCUGGGCGGAGAGGAGCACCGGUCCCGCCUUCCACCCUCCCGCAGUGCCUAUUCCAGCAGUGGUCAUGCCCCCAAUCAGGACUGCCCCCUGGAGGAGAUGCCUCUGAGUGUAGCCUCUGAGUUCCCACCCACCUCCCCUGCUGCCCAAACCCCGAAAAGAGAAAUCUAUCUGUGA